AUCGCGAUAAGUGUGUGCAAAACGAUGGACAAUCAAAAAAUGACCAAGCAGCAGUUCUUCGAUAUAGAAGGGUUGCUUCAGAAUCUCAGGGAGAAAGAUGGACACAAUACGAAAUCUGAUGAAGCAAACGCAUUACUGGUAGAUAAAACGAAUGGUUCGCAGCUGAUUCGCAAACCGCACGAAGUGAUUAACAAAUCCACCUCUAGAGAACUGGUUCGAUACCAUUCGAUAGUGGAACUGGGAGAGUUUGAAGAUGACUACGGAAGUUGCAAGGAUUCGACGGAAAACGUCAAUCAACUGUCGAUUGUGUUUGGAGAUUCUGGCAAACAAAAACCUGAUUUGGUCGUCGCUCAAUCGAGUGAAAAACCUUCUCAUGGAUCUCCAGGUUCUAUACAAUCCCCCAGCACAAAUCCACGACAAGAUGCACAUAAUGCGGAAUUAUCCAACUUUGUACAGAAAAAAUCGAUAGCACAAGGCAUGAUGGACCUGGCCCUGGUAUCGGCCAACACCAACCAACUGCGCUACGUGAUGGACAUCGGCGAGCGACAUCCAUAUUUCUAUCUUAGUAUGGGCCUCAUAAUCACCAGUCUAGCGAUGCAGCUAAUCGUGGGUCUGGCGCUUAUCUAUAACAGCAGGUUUAACAUUAGAAAAAGAAUGGAGAUGAAAUCAGCAGAUCGCAUCAACGACUUGUCAGUGAUCGGUGUGUUUUUGAUCACGCUUGUCAACGUGUUUAUUUCUACAUUCAACGGAGCCAGCUCGGCGCCUUUUUCCGGCGAAGUAAUUCCAAUGUCAAUUGAUGUGGUAACGACCGCGGGACCGGAUGUCGGAAGUAGUCACAAUGGAACCAUUCCCAGUCCGUACGGUGGUUCUUAAGUCUUCCGC